AUGUCUCACGCUGAGGAGUACGAGCAACAGAACGUGCACGAGGUCUAUCAAAAUAUUGCUCAGCAUUUCUCUGCCACACGUUAUAAGCCAUGGCCUAUUGUGGAACAAUUCUUGCAAAAUCUCACACCUGGAUCUGUUGGUCUUGAUGUGGGCUGUGGAAAUGGCAAGAAUUUAAUGGUCAAUCGCAAUGUGUUCAUUAUUGCUUCAGAUCGAUCGGAAAAUCUGGCCCGGAUUGCUCUUCAACAUCAACCACAUUCGGCCGUCGUGGCCGAUAUUCUCCAACUCCCGCACCGGGAUGGGUACUUUGACUUUGCAAUGUGUAUUGCUGUCGUACAUCAUCUGUCCACCCCGGAGCGGCGAGUGCAAGCUGUUGCCGAAAUUCUUCGAACCGUGAAACGCGGCUCGGAUACGCAACCAGGUGGUACUGUCCUGAUUUAUGCUUGGGCCCUGGAGCAGAAGAAUAGCCGCCGUGGUUGGGACAAAGGGGACCAGCAGGAUGUCAUGGUUCCUUGGGUUCGGAAGAAUCCAUCCGCACCGGAAGAGACCCAGACGUUCAACCGCUAUUAUCAUCUGUUUGAAGAAGGUGAAUUGGAGCGAGAUAUCGAGAGUGCUGGUGGUCAUGUGGUGACGUCGGGAUAUGAGAAGGACAAUUGGUGGGCCAUCGCUACACCCAAGGUCAAUCCAUGA